AUUUUGACUUCAAAUAGCCUUCUGAUUUCAUAUAUACUUCAGAGUGUCCGUAACGUCUGGCCUGGUUCGUUGACUUAACUCUAUUCCAGUUGCGAAAUAGCUCCUUGUUGGUAUUGCAAAGACUUUUUCGUUUAUAGAUUACCGCUGGAUUUGUUGUUGUUUUUAUUCAAGUAAUUUGAUAAAUCAUUUUCAUAGCAUGCAAUACUCAUUCCAAUGGAUUCAAUGAUUAGUAAGAAGAGACUGGGUCUCCAGGAAUCCGUUGGACAACCAUCAAAUGGUGUGUCAUCGUCGAAUAAUCGACUUCCGUUAAAAGAAACUAGUGGGAAUAUACCCUCUCCAACGUUUAAAAAAACAAAAUUGAAUAAAAUUGAUCAUACUCAAGCUUCAUAUCAAAUUCGACUUCAGCAUAAUCAAAAUGUCAAUCAAACUUCUAAUUCUGUUUCUCAGAAUCAACAUCAUCAAGAAAAAUCAACUUCCAAUACUAAAUCUACUAGAUUGGUGGGUGAAGAAUUACGCAAUUGGCAAAUAUCAUGGCGCAAAAUCAUGAAAGAAUCUAUCAUCUAUUUUGAUAAACAAGGGUUCGAUUCUACUAAUCCAACUCAAUAUUCGGAAAUGAAAAGAGCUUCUAAAGCUUUGAAAACAGUUGGUUGUACAAUAAGUGAAUUUUUCGAUAUAGAAGUUCGUAUCAUUAUUAGUAGACGGCCUUUUAAUCCUAAAUUUGAAUAUCCAAGUGCAGACGUUUUUGCAAAAGCAGUUCAUCAUAAAAUUAAAGUAUGGGAUUAUGAUAAAGUAUUCCGUUUUUUGAAAAAUUUAGGUGCUAAUGAUUCUCCAAUUUCAAAUUCAAAGGGUAAUUUAUCAAAUUUAUUACACGAAGAAAAAGUUUUUGGUUCUACUGAUCGUGAUCCAAAUGCAAGAAGAGAUGAUCUUCAUUAUCUUGAUAAGAAUUAUUUGUACGUUUACGAUUUAUCUCAAAAUGUUAGACCUAUUGCAAUUAGAGAAUGGUCAAAUGAUAGUUAUCCUAUGAUUCAAAAUACUUUGGAUGGUAAAUGUCCCUUUAUUCCUGAUCCUUCAGAAAAUUCUGACCGUAAAAAAUUACGUAGGUUACAGAAAUUUAGUGCCACUAAAGAGUACCGUGAUUUAUUGAAAAAAGUUACCACCGAUAUAAUGAAUCAUGCAAAAGAAGGUAUUCAACUUGAUUCGUCUGGUUUUACGGGUACCAGUACUAGUACUGACAGAAUUGAGGAUAAAGAUGAUUAUCAAAAACCUAAAGAUUCAGAUGUAUUCAAUGAAGAAACUAAAGCUCACGAUACUAUUUCAACCUCCAAAUAUGAUUUCAAAGCUCCUCCUGCUCCCUUAAUUCGUAAUUCGUCAUGUGUUCAACCAUUUCAGCAUUCAAACUACAAUUCAAAUCUGAAUUCAAAUUCAAAGUAUUAUGAAGUUGCUGCAUCCGGUUAUAAUGGUGCAUCUAAUGCAGUCCAAUGCUCUAUGGAUUCUACUCUUAAUAGUAAUGCAGCUGCUCAACAGCAAGGUAAUGGAUUAGGUCCAAUGGUAUCUGCCGUCCCUUCUAAAAAUAUCAAUAAUUUGAAGAGACGUAUCUUUGUCAAAAAACAAAAACAAAAACCAGAAAGUUCCAGAUCUCAUCAUCAUAAUCAAGAUCGUGAUUUAAAUCCGGGUUACUGUGAAAAUUGUCGUAUCAAAUAUGAUCAUUUUGAUGACCAUAUUGUUUCCAAUAGACACCGUAAUUUUGCUUGUGAUGACCGUAACUUCAGAGAUAUCGACUCGUUGGUUCUUCGUUUGAAUGAUAGUAAAAGACGAGGAAUGGUUACAUCAAAUGGGGAUUAUAGUUAUUCUAAUUAAAAU